GUGCGCCUCUAUACCUAUUACAUACAUUAUAUAUUUCAUGCUUGAGGAAUUCGUAAAAAUCUCGAAAGGAGACGUGCGUAGAUAUACCCUGCGUACGGUAUACAUGAUACAACUUGUGUACGUACAUGCCGCGAAGAAUCCACUGUGAAAAAUUGAAAACUGUCAAAACGUUUAUUCGUCGGUCAUAAGUUCGAUAACGGUGUAUAAAUAAUAAAUAAGGCAUCGACGGUGCGGGAAUGGAAACAAAGUUUAUGACGUUAUCGCUACUCGUACCUCGAUUACGCGGUAAAACGACAGGGCGGGACUGUUACGGUACAGCAGUGUCGACGGACGGCGGAGGAUUAGUGAAAUUACACGCGACGGACACCAUGAGGUGACCCGUGGCGUUAAAACAUCUUGGCAGGCCGUACACGCACACCUACAAUAGUCGCAUCUUGGCCGUUCAUCGAUCUGCCCGAGCUUCGGGUUUGAAUCGUAUACGGAAAAGGCGGCGUGAUCUCUUUCCACGAGUACUGUUCGAGCGAGAAAAACGGUGCGUGGGCGGGCCUUAAUUAAUUCGUAGCACGUACGAUGACGGGGAGAACGCGUCUUCGAGCUCCGGAAAUGAAUCUGUUCGUUUUGGGAUCCUUCCGUCCUAGCGAACAUCAAGCGCCGAGUAUAGAUAGUAGUUUGAGUGACUGACGUUGGAUCGUCGCAACAUCUGCGACAACUCUUUUCGGGCUUGCGGAAUUCCUCAUCGAGGCUUGCGCAGUACGCGGAGGUUGUAGCUUCCCAAGCUUUGGAGCGCAUUCGGAAGGUUGUGGGUGUGCCUCAACGUGGUGAGUUCUCUACGAGUGGGCUACGAACACGCCGUUUGGUAAACACGAGGCUCUAAAUAACCCUCAGGGGUUCAAAGCUGCGCGAACCUCCGCCGCCUAGACCCGUUACUCAAAUCUACGUCUCGUUGGUUUACCGAAAACUCGGCACCUCGGUGGUUUAAAACUCGCAUCGCCUCCCUCGUCAUCGUUUUUGCGGAAGGUCGUAAACGGACUACUCGCGGCUGUCAAAAUAUUUCUUGGAAACUUGAAAGAAAAAAAAAGGGCAAAGACCUCGGCUGAACAACCGUGCCUGUACACAACGAGCACGGCAAACUUAUCAACGAGAUGUAAUAUACCGCGAAGUGAGAACGUUGCAUUUGGCGCAGGGUAACCUCGAGGGUAACGUACUCCGUUUAUCGUUAGAUAAUCAAUCGUAACCUUCCGAACAUCGGUCUACGGUUAAUUUGGUGAACUUGAUUUUUUCUCGCUCCUUUUUCCAAUCAUCGUCGUCGUUAUUGUUAUUAAUAACAUAACACUGAUAAGCGGGUGCUACGAUAACUUUCGACUAGAUUGGAAGGCCACGUACAAACAGAGCCCUGGAACGGGCCAAAUUUCUCCGCAUAGCGAGUGUCCAGAGCGCACGAUCUGCGCGGCGCAUCUGAGCAGAUGGCUUGCCAAUAACGCGAGGGGAAUCAUUGCUCGUGGCGGGUUUUCGAUUUCCAACCAGCGACAAGAACUAUAAUUCAAGGAAAAUCAUGAAAAUCCAUAAAAAUUCGGAUAAAAAAAAAAUCAUCAAGGUAGCGGUAUAAUAUAUAAGGAAAAGGAAGCAAAGUUGUUACGUCGACGUAGAGACAAUAGGCGGGGAAGAGAUGCAGCUGUCAAGAAAGAUGAGCGCCCAGAAUAUGAUGGCUAGUAUAAGUCGUACUUUGCGUACAAGGAGAGAUAGCAAAUCGGCCGCCGCUAACGAGGUGAAAUUUGCCGGGGAGGAGAGCAAGGACAAACUUUACGAGCCUAAGCACAGGCAGAAGCUAGUGCGGGUCUUGACGGUCGUUGCCUACGUUAUUUCUGUUAGCCUAGCUGCGAUUAUUUUGUCCCUUUACUACAUGUUCAUCUGGAAACCGGAGGACCGUCCUUUAAACGCUACGCUCAAAGCAGAAAGGUCGAACGCUACGAGUAGCAGAGCCGGGUGCCCGAAUUAUACGAGCAGCCCGCCGCCCGGUGCGGGGCCGGUUCCCACCACUCGGCAUCCCGGAUCGACUCCUUACCGCGACGCGAUUGGAGACGAGAGAAGGGGGACGGAGGCGGCGACACCGGGCAUGCCGUCAGUGUCCAACUUGGACGAGAAUUUCUACGAUGAGAUUUUGGAAGAGCGCGACGAUCGGCCAGCGUUGAAGAAGGACGGAGACGAUGCGUCGACCACCCUCUCCAAGGAUCAGCAAUUUUAUGCAGGGAGAAACGCGAGGGAUCGCAUCCUUAAGCGGAAAUGAGUGAUACGGCGACAAGGACCUCGUGAAUUCAGUUACGGGCAAUUAUAUUAUUCGUCUUCGUGCGAUGACCGACGCAAUUAUACACGCGUGUAGGUACACACACGCGUACAUGUACAUGCGUGUGCACGUGUGCGGCAAUUCGAACCGAACAAGAGGCAUGCCGGAUUCGUUGUCUUGCGUAACAUAUUUUUAGAAUUCAAAUCUCAUAGAGUUGUAAGUCUGGAAUUGUCACGGCGAUAGUCCUUCCAUAUUAUCGUAUUACUCAUAUUAUGUGUAACAUUUCACGAUUAUAAUCCACAGGUAUAUUCGUAUUUAUUCCCAGAUAUCUAUGAAUAUACGCACUGAUGGAUUUGAAAAAGUUUACGCGUUGAUGAAUACAGUUUAUUUAUAGAUGUUAUUAUUCUACGGUGUGAUAAUAUUAAUACAUCUCUACUAAUGUUAUACAGAGGUAAAAUUGCUUGUUUGUAUGCAGGGGGUAAUCUCUGGAACUACCGAACCGAUAUUGACAACCCUUUCGCCAAUAAAAAGCUAAAUUAUCCCUGAGCAA